AUUUCAACGUGUUGCGAAUAAACGGCCCACGAUACGUGUAACUGCCGGUAUGAGAAUGGCGGGGUCUGUGAUUAAAGUUUGUCGAUUUCUUACUUCUACAACUAGUAAUUGCCUUCCAGUUACAACAGUAUCUGUUUUUCGAAGCCGAAAUUAUGGAACAGACAAAAGAAUCACAGUGGACAAACCAGUGGUGGAAUUGGAUGGAGAUGAGAUGACAAGAGUCAUAUGGGAAAAAAUCAAAGAACAGCUUAUAUUUCCAUACUUGAAACUAAACUGCUUAUACUUCGAUCUUGGACUCCCUUACCGAGAUGCCACUGAUGACCAAGUAACUAUUGAUGCUGCUAAUGCAAUAAAAGAGCAUAGUGUUGGUAUCAAGUGUGCAACAAUUACACCAGAUGAAGCCCGUGUUGAAGAAUUUAAACUGAAAAAAAUGUGGCUUAGCCCUAAUGGAACCAUCAGGAACAUACUAGGUGGAACAGUUUUCCGAGAACCAAUCAUCUGUAAGAAUAUUCCCCGUCUCGUACAUGGCUGGACACAACCUAUUGUUAUUGGCAGACAUGCUCAUGGUGAUCAGUACAAAGCAACAGACUUGGUGAUUAGAAACCCUGGCAAGGUUGAGCUUGUCUUUACCCCAACAAGUGGAGGAAAUCCAGAGAGAACAGAAGUAUUCACCUUCAAGGAAGGAGGAGUUGUCAUGGGAAUGUACAACACAGAUGAGUCUAUCAGAGGUUUUGCUCACAGCUGUUUCCAGUAUGCUUUGAUGAAAGGGUGGCCACUGUACCUGAGCACAAAGAACACCAUACUGAAGAGAUAUGAUGGUCGAUUCCGAGACAUUUUUGAAGAAAUAUUUGAAAAAGAAUACAAGAAGCAGUUUGAUGACAAGAAAAUCUGGUAUGAGCACCGACUUAUUGAUGACAUGGUUGCUCAGGUUCUUAAGUCUACGGGCGGGUUUGUUUGGGCUUGCAAGAACUAUGAUGGUGACGUACAAUCAGAUGUUGUAGCACAAGGUUAUGGAUCCCUGGGUCUUAUGACAAGUGUUUUAGUAUGUCCUGAUGGAAAGACUGUUGAAUCAGAAGCAGCGCAUGGAACAGUAACCCGACACUACCGUGAACACCAAAAAGGUAGAGCAACAAGUACUAAUCCAAUUGCCAGCAUUUUCGCAUGGACACGUGGCUUAGAACAUCGUGCCAAAUUAGAUGGCAAUGAAGAUUUGAAAAAGUUUUGCCAUCUGCUGGAACAAGCAUGUGUGGACACGGUAGAAUCUGGAAAAAUGACAAAAGAUCUUGCUGGUUGUAUACAUGGACUAAAAAAUGUCAAAGAUGGAGACUACUUGUACACCAUGGACUUUUUACAGGCUAUCGCUGAAACUCUAGAAACAAAGAUGGGUCGUUGAUGAUAAUACUUUAGUAGUAUUUUUUACAAGUCUUAGUCAAAUUAGAAACAGGGAUUUUAGCUGCCUCAUUGUAUGUUUUUUAAUAUCAUAUUUCUUGAA